AGCUAUUCCGGCUGGCGGCCGCCGCUGCAGGAAGGACCGGUUCCUGCGCUUCCCCCGCCCCCUUCCCUCGCCUUCUGCUGACGUUGACGUCGGAUGAAGGAGCUGGAGGGACUCUCCGAUCGCGGCCGGGAGGCUCCUGGGGGCCGGGGCUCCGAGUAGGCGAGUCAUCGGGAGCCUGCAUCGAAACCGUGGCUCUGGAGCUAACUGGCUUUGUUCUCUCAGGCCUGUUAGUGACCUCUCCUGAUCACAGGUCCCCAUUUUAAAAGUAGAAAAAGAAGAAGAAGAAGAAAACAUGUCAGGACACAAAUGCAGUUAUCCCUGGGACUUACAGGAUCGAUACGCUCAGGAUAAGUCAGUCGUAAAUAAGAUGCAGCAGAAGUAUUGGGAGACAAAGCAGGCCUUUAUUAAGGCCACAGGGAAGAAGGAAGAUGAACACGUCGUGGCCUCCGAUGCAGACCUGGAUGCCAAGCUGGAGCUGUUUCACUCGAUUCAGAGAACCUGUUUGGACUUGUCUAAAGCAAUUGUGCUCUAUCAAAAGAGAAUAUGUUUUUUGUCUCAAGAAGAAAACGAACUGGGAAAAUUUCUCCGAUCCCAAGGCUUCCAAGAUAAAACCAGAGCAGGAAAAAUGAUGCAAGCGACAGGGAAAGCCCUCUGCUUUUCUUCCCAGCAAAGGUUGGCCUUGCGAAAUCCUCUGUGUCGAUUUCACCAAGAAGUGGAGACUUUUCGACAUCGGGCCAUCUCGGACACUUGGCUGACGGUGAACCGCAUGGAGCAGUGCCGGACUGAAUACAGAGGGGCUUUAUUAUGGAUGAAGGACGUGUCACAGGAGCUUGAUCCAGACCUCUACAAGCAAAUGGAGAAAUUCAGGAAGGUACAAACACAAGUACGUCUUGCCAAAAAAAGCUUUGACAAAUUGAAGAUGGACGUGUGUCAAAAAGUGGACCUUCUUGGAGCAAGCAGAUGCAAUCUCUUAUCUCAUAUGCUCGCAACAUACCAGACCACUUUGCUUCAUUUUUGGGAGAAAACGUCUCACACGAUGGCAGCCAUCCAUGAGAGCUUCAGAGGUUAUCAACCAUAUGAAUUCACUACGUUAAAGAGCUUACAAGACCCUAUGAAAAAACUGGUUGAGAAGGAAGAAAGGAAGAAGAUCACCCAGCAAGAGAGUGCAGAGGCUGCAGCAGAGGGGCCAAGCCAGUUAAUUUCAUUAGAGGAAGAACACCAGCAUAUGGAAUCCUCUAGUUUUAAGACUGAAGAAGGAAAACGUGUUUUAUCAGCCUUAGACAAAAGCUCUACACAUCAUGCAUGCUCAGAUGAACUAUUAAACAUGAAACCUGAGGAAGGUGCUUGCCUGGGUCCAAUGGGAGGGACCCCGGAACUCGAAGGUGCUGACAAAGAUGACCUGCUGCUACUGAAUGAAAUCUUCAAUGCUUCUUCCCUGGAAGAGGGCGAUUUCAGCAAAGAGUGGGCUGCUGUGUUUGGAGACAGUCGACUGAAGGAACCAGCUCCCACUGUGGCCCCAGGAGAGCCAGACCCCAAGCUCCAGACAGGCUCAGGAUUCCUUCCUUCGCAGCUUUUAGACCAAAAUAUGAAAGACUUACAGGCCUCGCUAUACGGCCCUCCUACUCCAUGGCCAGCAUCAAAGGCAAACAGUGCAAACGCCAGCAGCCCUACAGUGAAAGAGCCUACUAAGGCCACCUCGGACCUGACUGCCUGGUUCAGCCUCUUUGCUGACCUCGACCCGUUGUCAAAUCCUGAUGCUGUUGGGAAAACCGAUAAAGAACACGAAUUGCUCAAUGCAUGAGUCUGCAGCCUCAGGAAGGCCACCUGGCGCUCCUCAGUAACACCUGGGGGCUUGCAGAUGUAUGACGUGAUCAGUAUGCUGUUUUCAUAUUUACGUGCCAUUUUAAUAAAACAAAAGGGUCGAAGGCCCUGUUUAUAUUGGUAUAAUUAUUUGCUCUUAUUUGGUAUAAAGGGUUUUAAUGUAUUCUCUAUGUGGACCUAACAAUAAAGGAUUGUCUAACA